ACUAGCUAGCUAGUAGAUUCGUAUGCACUCUGAAGCCACCAAUAGUGGCCGGUGUAUAUGAAUUCUAUUGGCGGCAUCAAAUGUAACACAUCCUGGCAGAGUGGAUAAUGAUGAAUAUGCAGCAAACUUGUGUGAACUAUUUUAAUUGACUCAGAGGAGUCAAUUACAUAUACAUUGAGCAUAUCGUACUGAGCGAUGAAGCUUGUAUGGCCAUGCCACCCGUAUGGACGCACGUCGUUGAAUCCACUUAGCUAGCGAUUCUUUGCCAGGUGCUUCAUGUAAGCAUCGAUACGCUGAUCGCGUUGCUCCAAGGCAAAGGAAAAGGAGUCUCUUGCGAUGGGACGAGGGUGCUGUCGCGAUGGUAAGCAAAAACAAAAACAACAUCGAGAAAUGAGCAUACGGAUCCAAUUUAUUUUUGACAAAUGAAUCUCUCCAUGAAAUCCUCAAACUUACGCCUUUGUGGAGCAUGUCGACACUCCACAAGAGUCCAGCGACGGCGUUGAACGCGCCGAUGACGACGAGAAGAGACGAUGCAGAUUGGUACGGCAUGUUGUUGGAUGUGUUUACGACUGUUGUUGCCAUCGUCGGCUGUUUGGUGCGGAUGUUAAGUCCCGAGUGCGUUCUCGUGAUUCGAUUCCCAUUUUUCACCAUGACCCUUCGCUCUUCGCAUUGCCUUCAUCUUCUUCCUUCUUUUUCUCUUUUCAAGCCUCAGAGAAAGUAUCGAUAGCGGUCUGCAGUAGAGGUAUCAUUAGCCAACUCGACCUUGUGCAGUUUGUACCUGGUAUUGCGUUUCAGUAGGACCACAGUGUUUGGUAAUAAUAGUAAUAAAGCAACAUGAGUGAGGUUCAAAAGAAGGGAUUUGAGUUGUGUCGGUUUGAAGAUGCUUUGGCCCCGAUUGUGUUAAACCAUGACCACGCGAAGGAGGUCGUUGUUGUGGGCUGUGAUGAGCUGGAGGAUGGCUUGGAUGAAGCCUUGGAUGCCAUGGAAGAAUUUCCAGUUGAUUAUCCACAACAAGAAGAUGCUCUCUUGCUGCAUUGUCGAUUCCCUCGACCAAUCCAGUCCAAGACGAGUGUAAAGUCAUUGUUGCAAGAGGCAUCCCCAAGCAGGUCACAAGACAGCCAAGAUAACCCCAAAGAAGAUAAUGGUGAGGAACCACUGGCGUCCAUCACGGGAAUUCCAGAAGAAUUUGGAGCCACCGCAGGAACACCCAAGAUACAUGUUCAUCUUUGGACAGGAACAGUGGCGUCCUCCAAGCCUAAUACCUGCAAGUGCCAGGCGGCCCAUUCGGAAUGGAAACGACAAUCACUCCAGCAGAAUCACGCAACACAAUUGUCCUCAGAACAACAACAAGCUCAGUCCGUCGAGUUACAAUGGGUGGACUUGAGACAGUGCGGUCCAGGACCACUACUCUUUCCAUCCUUGACUUCUGUGGCGCACUUUUACAGAUCUCUCAUGGGAACCUCCCAUCAGUCAUCGCCUUGGUGGCAACAAGAAGAUGAUGAUAAGGAUUACAAGACGCUUCACACCACUUUCAGUCAUCACAAUCCACACAAUCGUAUUGCCGUGCUUCUUGAUGGAGAAGUAUCAGAUUUCCUGUUGGAUAUCCGAGUUGCUGAUAUUUGUCCUUCUUGGUCACUUUAUUCCGUUUCACAAGUCAAAGUGGCGCCAACAUGGCAACCUUGGCAAGCUGCUACACCAGACACAAAUCUUACUACUACUACGAAAGCGGCUACACUGGUUAUUUUCAAACCAUUGCCACCUCGGCCUCUGCUCACUCUUGCAAAACCCUCUUCCAAUAAGAUUGAAAUGGACGAAACACACUUAACUGAGUUACCAGAGGGUUGUCUCUGGGAAAUGUACUUGGAAUAUAAAGACGAGGACGACAAUGAAAAAAAUGAUAAGGACAAUAUUGAGGAGAAAAAGACAACGGUUCGAAAGGUGCCUCAUUGUCGUAUGACGGCUCCUCCAUACGUGUCCUAUAAACAAGAUUUUGACAUGGCUCUCUUGCAACCAUUGCUCGACAAUUGGAAAGUCGUUCGUGACGAAGCUUUGCAGAUUCCACAGUGGACGGCAUGGCCAGAGACGCAACACUAUUCCAAGGCCAGAUCACGACAAGAUGUGGAUGACGACCAAGAUGGCAUAUCCGAGGAAGAGCCAUUCCAUCCCAGUUGGAACGUCUUUCCACUCUGUCAUUGUUUCCCUGCCAAUCAACCGGAAAACAAACAGUGGAUAGACAAAACAUGCGCCUUUGUCCCACGCACCGUCGAAUUGCUACGUGCCAUGAACCCACUCGUGCGAACGGCACUGUUCUCGCGGCUCGAUCCCGAAACCACGCUGGAAGCUCAUACUGGUUGGUCCGACCUCGCUAACCAUGUACUGAGAUGUCACUUGUCGCUCGUAGUACCCGAUGGCGAAGUUUGUGGGACUUGGGUCGAUGGAUGUGUCGCCACGCACAAGGAGGGACAAUUCUUGUGUUUUGAUGAUUCCAAGACCCAUCGGGCCUUCAACUAUCACAAGAGCCAAGAAAGGAUUGUCCUCAUAUUGGAUCUCGCACGACCUGAUAAUCUGCCUAUUGGAACAGCCACGGGAGGACAUUCCGACGAAUUGGAUCAGUUCAUUGCACAAAUGAAUGUUUAGAUCCUGCACAAGUGAGCAGGUACAGUAGGAAGAAGUCCAAUAUUGAUUAACUACAUGGUAUCAGCUAGUUUUGCUAUUCUAUACCUCCUUCGUGU